AAGCAGGGCAAGGUGUCUAAAACACACAACAGGCUUUCCUCACAUCAUUGGACCCAUGCUCAAAUACUAUGUUCAUGAUCAUGUAGCCUGACAAAGCAAGAGAGGCUGCUAUUAGUCCUUGUGAUGUGAUGAGUGAAGACGUCCAAGCUUAGAUGACACACAGACAAUCAGAAUUAGCCUAUCAUUCUCGAUGUAUGACGCAGCAAUGAAGCCGAAGUACAAACCCCUUCCUGGCAAUGAAAAACCUCAAGCGACAUUCAGCAAGUGUCCUACUUGGUGCAAGCUGACCCGAUUCAAAAUCAUCGGUCUCAUUGUUAUAUUUCUAACAGCCAUUGUGUUCUUAUUAGUAAGAUGCUUCAAUACAAGCAUGGUACAAGGCCGAUUAUUUUGUUGCACUCAGAAUCCUAUUCUGGCUCCUGCCGGAAACUUAUACAAAGAAACACUUGAUAAGACACUUGGUGAUUAUGAUGAAACUCUCGAAGGCUCAAAUAAUUUACAUUACAAACACACGAGACGUCAUCUCCCUCAAUGUCUUGUUAUUGGAGUGCGAAAGGGGGGCACACGGGCGCUGUUGACUUUUCUUAACCUGCACCCUUUAGUCGUUACUGCACCCAAUGAAAUGCAUUUUUUCGAUGAUGAGGACAAUUACAGCCUGGGAUUAGACUGGUAUAGGAAGCAUAUGCCAUUCUCGUUUGAAGAUCAAAUAACAAUUGAGAAAACUCCAGCAUAUUUUUACUUUGAUUAUGUUCCUGAAAGGGUGUAUGCUAUGAACAGUUCAAUCAAACUACUUGUUGUUGUUCGUGAUCCUACGGAACGAGCUAUCUCAGACUACACUCAAAUACAUGCCACCAAAGUUUUGAAAAACAAACCUCAUGAGACCUUUGAAGAACUUGUUAUUGAUGAAGACACGAAUGACAUCAGACGCUCAUAUACUGCUGUCAGACGUUCAAUAUAUCACAGACAAUUGGAACAAUGGCUGGAAUACUUCCCUUUGAAACAGUUUCAUUUUGUCAGUGGGGAAAACCUAGUCAAUAACCCAUAUAAGGAAAUGUAUAAAGUUGAAGAAUUCCUCAAUCUACCUCACAGAAUACAAAAAGACAAUUUUUUCUUCAAUAAAAGCAGGGGAUUUUAUUGUUUGCAAAUGGCAGAUCGACAAAAAUGUCUGGCAGAAAGUAAAGGUCGGAAACAUCCUGAUGUUGAUCCUGAUGUUAUUGACAAAUUGCAUGAAUAUUUUGAUAAUCACAACAAAAAAUUUUAUCGUAUGGUUGGGAGAAAUUUUGGUUGGCCCUAGGAAUUCAGAACAGUCAUUAGAUUCAGUUUUUCAUUUUUCUUUAUUUUUUAAGCAAAGCGCCAGAUCAGGUCAAUUGCAGGUUUCAAAUUAUCCAUUAUCCUCCAUGUCUUCAGACAAUACCAUCAUGAAGAAUAUACAGUUUUGUAAUUGUAUUCUUUUAUCAAUCACCUUUUACACAUUUGGAAAUUGUGUUAUAAAAUGAUGUUGCUCAAAAUUUCCAUUCAAUAUUUUAACUUAUUUUAAGCACUUGCCAUCAAUUAUUUGUUUUGGCAGUUUUAGUUUGUUAUACAUUAUACAUUUUGGUAAUACCUGUUAUGAUUAUUGUAGAUGUCAAUUAUCAGAAAUUAAUAUUUAAAUUAUACAUCAUAACAUGAUUGACCAAUGACCAUGCACACAGUUUAUGUGUAAUUUUUUGGAAAUCUUUUUAAGAUGGUCUAUUUAUGUGUUUUGGUAAUUAACUUCAUGCUUUUAUACAACUGCAUUGCUGAUAGAUAGCUCUCACUUAAAGUGCUUUUUUUGUCGUGUGACAUCAUCACAAAAUUGGCAUCAAAAUCAACAUUGCAGAGUUAUGAUUUGAUCCCUAUAUUUUCCCUUGGGUUUUAAUUGUUGUUAUUUUAAAACCAUUGAUUUUACAAAAUAAUACAACUCAUAUAGAAGUAUAUCUGUAAAAAGAAAAAAUUAUUUGAAGUGAGAGCCAUCUAUAUUUCAAUAUCAAAGAUGUAACUCUUCAGUAGACAAUAGUAUAUCAUAUUUAACUCAAUAUUUAAUUGUGCUAUACAGUCUAAAAUAUCUUAUAUAAAAUUGAUAUGUAGUUUUACUACUAGUUUAUUUACACUUCUAGGACGGUGCUGUUUUAUUAAUGAGAAAUUUUUUAUUCAUACAUCAAAUUAAAGCCAUUUGAAUGGGUUAAAAUUAGAAACUGAGGCUGAUGGCCUGUCAGUAUUCCAACAUUAAUAUUUUUGUCAGAUAGAAACCUUUCCAACCCCUACCUCCACCCCAAACUGAUGACAUUGAUCUUUUGGCGGCUUUCCUUAUACCACAAAACUUACUAUGUAAGUUUAUGCUUGUAUAUUUGCACUACACUUCAGUACAUGAACAUAUUUAACACAACUACCUCUUUCACAUAUCAUAUCAUCAUUUGAAAAUAUAUACCAGUGAGAUGUUAGGUCACAUAUUUCUAUACUAAGAGAAUGUAUCAAUAUAUCGAUUUAUAUAGGAUCUGUAAUAUUACAUACCAUAAUUUAAUGUGGUGCAAAUCAGUUUAUUGUCACUUCUAAAGUUCUGAUGGAGGAGGGAGGGUCAAUCAGUAUAUUGAUAUGUUCCCUGAUCUACUAUUUUAUAAGAUGUUAAGAGCCAUAGGCAGCUACAUUUACAAAUAUAAAGGAUUGUGUUAAAGUUACACUUGUAAUAGUUGAAAUGAAAACAUUUUUAUUAUUAUUUAUUUUGUUGGCAAUGUUCAGGUAGAAAACUCUCUAAUUAAGUUUAAGAGGCAGUUUAUCGAAAUGCAAAAUCAGAGCGGGAUCAUUUUAACCAUAUUAACACGUACUGUACAAAGUUGUAUAUACAGUAAAACCUGUCUUAGU